UUUCCGUAAUUUGUCUGCUACCUUUAACUUUCUUUGGUCUACCUUUAAAUGAAUUGGUAGUAAACAAUGAUGAAGUGCCUCAAGGUUGAGGAUGCUCUAUCCUACCUUGACCAGGUAAAGGCUAGGUUUUCUGGCCAGGGGGCUAUCUAUAUGGACUUUCUUGAUGUCAUGCGUGAUUUCAAAGCACAAACGUAAGUUUCCUAAGAUAUUAUUUAUGUUUUAAGGAUUGGGACGGAGGUUGUUAUUCGUCGGGUACGUGAAUUGUUCGAGGGUCAUCCUGAUCUUAUUACUGGAUUCAAUACUUUCAUACCUCAAGGGUAUCGAAUGGAUACACUCACAUCUCAUCAGUCUUUUAAUGCCAAGCCUACUUGUACUGUUAUCCCUUCAAGAACAACAUUGUCUAUAUCCUCGGCAGAUAAUGUUACUCCAGUAAAAGGGAUUUGUGCUUUAUUGAAAAUUACUGAGGCACCUAGUGAAUGGACUCCACCAGGAAGUCUAACAAGCUUAGUUAGCAGCCACCAUGAACCUGCUAGUCGUCAAAACUCCUAUGUCCCGGUUGUAUCGAACAGCUUACCGUUAACUAGCGCUUCACCAGUACAUGUUUUAACUCCUAAUAUUCAACCUGACAAUCCCAAUUUUAACUCAUCGAGUCAGCAACAGUUAUUACCGGCGGAUUGUCAGGAAAACCUUCCAAACGUUAUGCUUAGAAGCUCCCAUAAUGCUUCAAAUUUAACUCAUUCUCCUCAUGUAUAUCAACAGCAUCAACAAAUUCAAUCAUUCCAUCAUGCUCUCCAGUACGUAAAUAAAAUAAAGAAUCGCUUCCAGGGUAUACCUGAUGUUUACAAACGCUUCCUGGAUAUCUUACAGUGGUAUCAAAAGGAACAACGUCAUUCGGACCCUAUGUGCCGCAAACAGGCAGAAUUACAGGUUUAUCAGGACGUCGCCAAGCUUUUUGGCGGUCAAGAAGAUCUACUUCAAGAAUUUAGUCAGUUCCUACCUGAAUCAUUUGGUGUCACAAGUGCUGUUACAGAAACGAUAAUAAAUAGGAAAAAUUCCAGCUAUUCACAGCUUAGUGGAUCUGAUGCAUUAGAUCCAUCUGUUCCAGUGCCUCACUUGAUAAAUCGUGUUUCUGAAGGUAUCAGCUUAGCACUAUCUUCGUGUAAACAGCGUCCAGGUCAGGAGGGAAGUCCUGCGAAUCCUGAUGCCAAAAAGUUGAAACGACUUGCUCCUACACAAAGUAUAUUCCCAAACGUUGUCCCGUCUCUCAAUCCACCUAAAAAGUCACGUUCGUCAGUUCGAGAUGUAAGUGUUGUUGAUGCGAAUCAACUGACCACGGGAAUCGGUGUUUCACUGUUACAAAAGAUUCGAGAUGCUUUAGAUGCAGACAGUCCAGUUGGGAAUCGUUCGUACCAAACCUUCCUACAAAAUGUUUGUUUGUUUAAUCGUCGGAUAAUUUCAGCCGAUGAAUUAUUGGAAGCGACUCAUCCCCUAUUCCUGAGACAUGUAGAAGUUUGGAAGCGUUUCAGUGACUUUAUCAUGACAUCACGUAAUUCAUCUCAAGAAGGAUUUGGACAUCUUCAAUCUCAUACUCAUGGCUAUGGUCGAGACAAGCAUGAUCGUGACAAACAUAAUAUCUGUAGUUUUUUAUGCGAUCCUCAUACCUGUUCUGAUGCCCCACCGAACAGCAUGAACAAUCAACCACCUGCCUCACUAAUAUCACUUGUCAGUGAAGCAUCCCAAAAAAGACUGGAUCUCGAUUUUACUAAACUUCGAACAUGCGGUGUAAGCUAUCGAGCGCUACCAUCGAAUUUUCCACAGAGCAAGUGUUCUGGUCGUCAGAAAUGUCCUGUUGCAAAGGAGGUCUUGAAUGAUUCGUAUAUUAGUUUCUCUUCGCUCACUUCUGAAGAUUCUCAGUUUGUAUCAUCUAAGAAGAACCAGUAUGAAGAAAAUAUGUAUCGAGUAGAAGAUGAACGUUAUGAGGUAGAUAUGGUCACCGAACUCAAUCGAGCUGCAAUGCAGAAUCUUGUCGUCGUAAAAAGAUGUAUGGACAGAAUGAGUAAAGAGGAACUUAACCAAUUCCAUUUGGAUGAUAAACUAGGCGGGACAUCUGCGGUUUUAAUGAAGAAAGCUAUACACAGAGUUUAUGGUGAUAAAGCAGGAGAUGUAAUAUAUGGCCUGAAAAAUUGUCCUAAUACUGUUCUCCCGUUAGUCAUACAACGUAUGCGUCAGAAAGACUCCGAGUGGCGGGAAACUAUUCGCAACUAUCAACGUUCCUGGGCUGAUCAGGAUGCUCGCAACUACUUGCGUUCUUUAGACCACCAAGGAGCAACAUUCAAGCAACGAGAUGCUCCAUUCAUUCGUAGUAAGACUAUGAUUAGUCAGAUUGAAACAAUUGCGCGUAAUGAUAAGAUUCCAUCAUGUCAUUCUACUUCAGAUCCUGUUGGCAAAAUGAUUUCUACUCUGAUUACUCAACGAAACCUUAUUUCGCGAGAUAUUAGUAAUCCAGGAACUAUGGGAUCUGCGUUAGCAAAUGUAUUGGAAGGCAAUAAUGAAGAUGAAUCAGCUCAUCUUACUUUGGUGUAUCCACCACCAGAUGUUAGGAAUACACUUUUGGAAGAUGCUGCCUCUUUGAUCAUUCAUCAUGUUAAAAGGCAGUCUAAUGCAAGCAAAAACGAUAAGCGUUCCAUGAAAUGUUUGAUCCGUACUGUAUUACAAGAUAUUUUUAUGGCAAAUCGUUUCCCUAUGUCCGAUGAUGAAGAUGAUGAAGAUGAAGAUGAAGAUAUUAAUCAAAAAGAGGAUGAAGACGAGCCGACAGCAGAUGAUUUGAUUGAAAAUGAAGAACAUUGUCGUAUUCGAUCUGUACGUCAACCUAAGUCAACUAAGCGCUUUCUCGAAUCUCGAAAACCAGUCUCUACUGAACAAACAAUAUUUAAUCACACCGAACUUGAUCAGUUACGAAAAGAUGAUAUAAAAUUUCAGACAGAGGUACUUGGUGCCCAUAAUAAUGGUUUAUCUUCAAAAUUGAAAUCAGACGAUUUAAUUUUUCCAGAAUUGUCUAUACAGAGUAACUCUAUGCCUUGUCACAUAAAUCAAGAUAAUUCUGAAAAUGAACUUCGUAAUAUGGAGCUUGCAUACAUAGCUAGUUUACCUAAAAAUGAAUGCUACUCUGUACUAUAUGGAAACAACCAUUGGUAUUCUUUUCUUAGGCUACAUCAUCUUCUUUUGUGUCGACUACAUCACUUAAGAUCUUACUGUGCCGUAGCCGCUCAACAGUUUACAUUAGAGCGGGAUGAAUACCACGUGCAAGCUGCAGAAGUGCUUCGACUCCGCCGGCACGGUGGUACUGAACCGUCGCAAUAUUACUCUCGCGCUCUCAAUUUAGUCAAAGAUUUAUUAGAUGGAGGGGAAGAUAUCAACACAUUUGAGGAUCGAUUACGAGAUAUGUUUAGCAUUUAUGCAUAUCCAUGGUUUACAAUGGAUCGUCUUAUAAUAAAUAUAGUUCGUCAAUUGCAAGCACUUGCAAGUGGUGACGAACUAAGUCGUCGACUAACUGCUUUACAUCGUUCUUGGAUUGGGAAUUCAUCAUAUAGUGAUCGAAACUCUCAGUCAACUUGUAUUGCUUCAAAUUUUCCUCAAUUUUCGAACGUUUGUGGUCCAUUGUACACUCGUAUGUGUAGGUUAGCUAAUGAAAGUGCAUACCAUUCUCAAGCUAUGACUAUUUGUUCCGCCUUUGCUGGUGCUAAUGGCUCUUGCAACGUUGGAUCUAGUUCUGGAACGUUUCCAUCCAGUACUAGUCAAAAUAAUACGAAUGUUACUUCCAACAGUAAUACUAAUUCCUGGCCAAAUUGUUUUCUAAUGGUGGUACUCUCGGAGUCAUCUACUAUGCUUAUCCGCCUUAUGAAACCUAUGCAUUCAACAAAACUUGAAGGGGAAAAAAGUUAUGAUUCAUGUUUUCCUUAUUCCGGUCACACAAACCUUAAUCCUCAUUCAUUAUUAGUUACUUCGGAUGAUCCUGGCAUCGUAGAUGGGGAAGUUCAUCUUCACAGAGAAAAUUUAAAAUCGAAUUUUUCAAUCCGGCACUGGUAUGACUAUCUUACAACUCAUCUUUCAUGGACUAUUGGUUAUGUUCCACAUAGUAUCUGUUCUCGUAUUCGACCGGUAUUUCUAUAUCGGAAUGUUCGUAGGUGCGUAAAUGCUUUGACACAUGAUGCACUUCAAAGAAGACAACAGUUACUUGUUGAUACCGGAGAUAUACAACCUGAAGAGAUUUUAUCACAAGGUUUAGUCUCUAGUAGUGUUAAGAAUCCAAUCUCAGCAAACAGAUCGGAAACAAAUGAACAAUUUAAGUCUCCUAACACGUCAAAUUUUGAACGAGAUGUUUGGGAGUUCAUGAUCCGAGUAUUCAAAAAUAAUCUCACACAUAAAGAGUUAUUCCGUGAUACAUUUUCAAGUGAUUGCAUGCAUUUCACUGAGCGUUUGGAUUCAAGAGUUACUCGUAAUCACAAAAUAAAUUGGUCCGUCGGUUCCUAUGGGAUUUUCAUUCGAUAUCGUAGACGAACUUGUCGAAACUAUUCGCCUUCCAAAUGGCAUAAAUUCCACUCUGAUUGGCUAGCAAAGCAUCCUAACUGUAUUCAUUCACAAAAUAAAGAUCAAACACAAAAUGUCAAGCCGGAAAUAAACCUUGAGAUUGAGGAAAUACGAAGUUCUGCUACCAGUAGCGGAGUAGAAACAAUUAUUCCAGAAAAGCCUAUUCACGAAAAAUUGGAUAUUGAAGUGAAUGACAAUCCCUUUUUCGGCGAGGUACAAAACACUUCAACUGUCAAAUAUUCUAAUUAACAAUGUGACGAUCCGAGGAUUUUACAACCUCAGAAGAACCAAAUGCUCCAAUAAACAUUUCUUUUUCACGUUGUAAAUAUGUUUUCUAGCUUAGCUAACUGACCAAUAAUCAAUUUAAUUUAUACAUGUACAUACAAUAUUACUUAUUAUAGUGCGAGCAGUCCAUGUGUAUUUUGCUUUUUUACCAUAAUUAUCACAACAAUGAUAAAAAUAAUCUCCAAUUUAAUAAUUCAUUCUUCACCUUUAAAUUGUUUUCGGUUUAUUCAAUGAUAUGUAUACAUAUGCCACUUAUUCAGACUGGUUCUGCUCUUAUUUUUAUUUUGUUUAAAUGAAAUUCACACACAUGCAUUGUAUUAUUGUUUGUUAUCAUACAAUACUACUAAGUGUGGUCGCUCUCUCAAUUUUGAAAAUAAUAGCGUACAGGUACCGAUUAGUUGAGUAAUUUGCGCUAUUUUGUUUAUUGUGACAUUUGGAUAGAUAUUGUAAUAUUUCAUUUCUAUCAAAUCUAAUAUGUAACCCAAGUUUACAG